AUGGCAACCAAUACGCUAUGUCAGCCCUCCAAUGCGGAUACCAAUCAGUACCUCUUCACCACAACCCGAGUCCUCGCAGCCGUGGGCUUCUCAUACCUGCUCAAAGCCCUCUAUCAACUCAUGAUGUGGCCACUGCUCUCACAUCGUUCCUCUCUUAACAGACCCAAUGCUGUUGCAGAAGAGAACAUCGGUCUCGAUCUAGACGAAACCGCCUCUGUCAGUCAAGCGAGUCUGGAGCUGGACUUCGGCAGCGACGAUGACGGGGAUCUUGGUAUCCGAGUGCCCGAGCGCGCCUACCACCCGCGGGGUCGUCUGUGA